AUGGACUUGCCAGGGGACUCGAGUCCAUCUGGCCCGUCGCGUCUGUGCCGGCAGCCACUGACCCGAGCAUUAUGGGCAGCUGGGAGCCCCAAACGGCCGAGGCUGCAGCCCCAGGGGGCUCCCUCGCCCCUGGAAAAGGCCUCUCGACGGGUCCUGGCCGUGGUGCUGGAAGAUGUCAUGGCUGCCCACAUGACCCCUCUGGCUCCCCAAGAAGAGGCUUCCACCCUUCAGCACCACAGCAACCGCUGGGAUUCCAUUCAUAGUCGCCAGCCACCUGCCUCGCCAUCAUCCCAACAGUCUUCAUGGUCUCCACAGUCCAGGCCUCCCAACUCUCUGCGCUUAUGUCGAGAGCCCUUGAGCCGCGUCCAUCGGCCCCCUUCCACUCUGAGGCGGCGGCCAAGGACAAGCCCGGGCCCAGUGGAGGCUUCUUCACAAAAGGUGGACCGGACUCCCCAGCCCACCCUGGUGGUGAUGCUGGAAGACAUUGCAGGCCCCAGAGCACCACCUAACCUACCAGGUUAUGUUGGGGAGACCUCCAACUUCACCGUCCCAGCACGAAGAUCCGAGCCCAUGACGAUGGAUCACCAGCCAGUGCCUCUGCCCAGGGACCUGGAACCCGCGUUCCAGUCAUCUGCCCAGGCGGUAGGCCAUUCAGAGAGCCCACCACCAGCCCCAGAUCCUGACCUGGAGUCCACAUCAGCCCCACCAACGUCCAGCCUUUUACGUCCCCGCCUCAGUCCCUGGGGCUUGGCCCCCCUCUUCCGUUCCGUCCGCUCAAAGCUGGAGAGCUUUGCUGACAUCUUCCUCACACCCAACAAAGCCCCCCGGCCCCCACCCCCAACCCCUCCUAUGAAGCUGGAGUUAAAGAUUGCCAUCUCAGAGGCUGAGCAGUCUGGGGCACCACAGGGCGCUGCAUCUGUCAGUCCCCGGCCCCCUAUCCGCCAGUGGCGGGCCCAGGACCAGAGUUCCCCAGCACCACUCCCGAAGCCCUCCCUGGGCCGAAGCCACUCCUGCCCUGACUUAGGGCCCCCUGGGCCAGGUUCCUGCACUUGGCUGCCUGUCCCACCCCAGCCAAGUCGGUCUCGACCCCGGCGACAUACCGUGGGUGGAGGAGAGAUGACCCGAGUUCCACCACCCCCUCGGCCCUGUCUCCGGAAAGAAGUGUUUCCACUGGGAGGAGUGGGAUCCUCCACGCCCCUCAGCACAUCUUGCUCAUCCACUGCGCCCACUUCCUCCUUCUCCGAGCCCACAGAGUCCAGGUUGGGCUCAUCCCAGAGGAAGGAAUCAAGGGCCUCGGAGGUCCAGGUUCUUUCAGAUCCUGAGACCAAGCCCAUAGGGAAGGUUUCUCGAUUUAGAAUACGAAAGACACCAGCCCGGUCUCAACUCAACCUCACACCAAUGGGGUUGCCUCGACCCGUCAGGUUGAACAAGAAGGAGUUUAGCUUGGAAGAAAUUUAUACCAACAAGAAUUACCAAUCACCCACAACCAGGAGGACCUUUGAGACAAUCUUUGAGGAGCCCCGGGAACGCAACGGAACUCUGAUCUUAACCAGCUCAAAGAAACUACGGAGGGCUGUAGAGUUUCGGGACAGCAGCCUUCCUCGCUCCCGGCGACCCUGCCGAGGAGUUCGUGCUGCAGCCAGCAGGACCCUUUCUUCCAACCUGACUCCUAACCCAGACGUGGGACCCCUUCUGCAGCAGCGGCUGGAGGAGCUGGAUGCCUUACUCCUGGAGGAGGAAACUGAUGGGGAGCAUCCCCACAGGACCUAG